AUGAGUGUCAGAGACGUGUCGCUUUCCUACGAAGCAAUAUUGCACCAAGCUGGCCCGUUCACAGAACCAGACUACGACUACGAUGCAGGGAAGGCAGAGCUAGAAAGUUCGCACGUUCUUGUUAUCGGAGCUGGCGGGUUGGGAUGUGAGAUAUUGAAGGAUUUGGCCCUGAGUGGAGUGAAGAAGAUCAGUGUGAUUGACAUGGACACUAUCGAGUUGACGAAUUUAAACAGACAGUUUUUGUUCCGAGAGGAAAAUGUUGGGAAAUCAAAGGCGAUUGUCGCCAGUGACGUGGUUGUGCAGCGAAUGCAGAACGGGAUCGAGAUAACUCCCUAUUUUGCCAAGAUACAGGACUUCGACGACGACUUCUACUCACAGUUCAGCAUAGUCGUGUGUGGACUCGACUCGAUUGAAGCGAGGCGGUGGAUCAAUGCGGAACUGGUGCAUCUUGCACUGGACAAGGAGAAGGUGAUUCCGAUGAUCGAUGGCGGCACGGAAGGUUUCCAGGGCUCGGUGAAGCUGAUUGUGCCGACAUUCACGGCGUGUUUCGAGUGCUACAUGCCGCUGAUCCCCGAAAAGACGACGUACCCGUUGUGCACUUUAGCCUCGACACCCCGGCUGCCCGAACACUGUAUCGAAUGGGCACACCAGUUGGAGUGGGAGAAGGUGAACCCCGAGGUAGCGUUUGAUGCGGAUGAUAUGGGUCACGUAGAGCAGAUGUACAAGCUGGCCCGUGCUCGGGCAGAGCAGUUUGGCAUCGAGGGUGUCACGAAGACGAAGACGUUGGGUGUGGUGAAGAACAUUAUUCCGGCCAUAGCGUCGACGAACGCCGUCAUUAGUGCGCAGUGCUGCAACGAGGCGUUCAAGUUCCUCACGAGCUGCAACCCAAGCAUGAAGGACACGAUGUUCUACAACGGAGAGAACGGAGUGCUCUGCGAGACGGACGAGUACUUGCCGCUCCCGAGCUGUCCCGUGUGUGGGAGGCGUGUGGAGGAGCUCGUGUUGCCGGCUGCAGACGCAGCGAUAACGCUGGAGCAGUUGGCGCUGCGUAUCAAGGAUAGGUACACGUUGCAGAAGCCUGUGCUGAUGGUGGACGGCCAAGAGGUGUACAACUUCAAGUACGUCGAGGACAGUUUGGAGAAGAACGACCUGCCAGCCGUGGAUGUCUUUUCGGAGUCGGAGGUGACCAUCACCGUGGUCGACACGAGUGUAGAGAACACGUUGGAGGUGACGGUGACGUUCCCGCUGCCGGAAAAGAAAGGGGAGGAGAAGAAGGUGACUAACGUAAAAUAA